UUUAGUUUCAGUUUCUGCAGUACAUUAACCAUUUCCGGUAAUAGUAGAAGGUCAGCAACUACAAAUAUCAACAAUGUUAUCGUCUUUUCGAAAGGCUGUUUUGUCAUCAGCCGGACACAUACGUACCUUCUAUGGCUCUGCUAAUGUGUGCAGUGACAAAAUGUUUGUUCAUAGGGAUACCCCAGAUAACAACCCACAAUUACCUUUUGAGUUUACACCAGAAAAUAUAAAGCGAGUCAACACAAUAAUUGCAAACUACCCCAAAGGUCACGAGGCUGCAGCUUGUAUUCCUUUACUAGAUCUUGCUCAGAGGCAAAAUAAUAACUGGCUGCCCAUUUCUGCCAUGCACAAAGUUGCAGAGAUAUUAAAGAUGCCAAGAAUGAGGGUGUACGAGGUAGCAACAUUCUACACUAUGUUUAACAGAGAACCCGUUGGUAAAUACUUUGUCCAGAUUUGCACCACAACACCCUGUAUUCUGGGAGGUGUCGGCUCUGAUGUUAUUUUGGAAGCUAUUAAAAACAAUCUAGGUAUUGAUGUUGGUCACACAACAAAAGACAAAAUGUUUACCCUGGCUGAAGUUGAAUGUUUAGGAGCUUGUGUGAAUGCCCCAAUGGUGCAGAUCAAUGACGACUAUUAUGAAGACCUGACAGUGGAUGACAUAAAUAGAAUUCUUAAUACACUGAGGGAUGGCAAGAAACCCAAUCCAGGACCACAAAGUGGUCAGAACAACAGAUUUGCCUGUGAACCUAAAACAGGUUUGACCUCUCUGAAAGAACCACCAACAGGUCCAGGUUUUGGUGUUAGGGCUGAUUUAUAGUUUCCAAUUAACAAUUUAGGUGAUAAAAUAUAGGCACUAGUAGAAAGAAAAUAACAUUUAAAGGAAAUGAAUGUGCUGAUACAAGUAAAUUUCUUUUUCUUGUAGGCAACAUUUACAUGACUGGCUGAUAAUAAAAUGUGUACAUAUUUUGACUGUAAGCAUGACUGACCUGCUAUUAAAAAUUGUGUUACUAUUUU